AUGCGUCUUCUCACUCUGUGCGCCCUGCUCCCUAGCGUCCUUGCUCUUCCAUCUCAGACUCUCGACUUCGCAAGGUACGGCAUAGCGCCACGUGCCGAUUCUUCCCUCACGAACUACCUUGGCGUCUUCUUCCUUGGUGACAAGCCCUCUGUCUACUUCUACCUUUCCAAUGGCAACAAUGCAAACUCCAUGAUUGCCAUGAAUAAGGGCCAACCUGUUAUAAUUCCUACGAAAGGUACUCAGGGCGUUCGUGAUCCAGCUAUCAUAUCUGGUGGAGCGGCAGAAGCUGGCAAGAAAUGGUACAUCAUUGGCACAGACCUUGACAUUGGCAAGACAACAUGGGAUGCAUCUCAACGUACAGGCUCUCGUGGAAUCUUCGUUUGGGAGUCUACCGAUCUUGUAACAUGGACCAACGAACGUCUUGUCACCGUUGAAGACUCUACAGCAGGUAUGGUGUGGGCACCCAGUGCAAUCUGGGACGAAGCCAAGGGCCAGUACUUCGUUCACUGGGCUAGCAAAUUUUACCCUACUUCCGAUCCGCAACAUACGGGUGCGCCUUCAUCGAUUCGAAUCCGUUACGCAUACACCAAAGACUUCAAGACUUUCACUGCGCCCCAGGACUACAUCAACCGAUCACCUACCAAUAUUAUUGACCAGGAAUUUCUGGCCCUAGGAAACAAUGCAUACGCGCGCUUCUUGAAGGAUGAAAGUGCAAAGACUGUUUUUACAGAAAUCUCCACUAAUGGGCUGUUUGGUACCUGGUCUAGGCCUGCAGGUGCUAACGCUAUCAUCGCUUCUGGUGUAGAAGGUCCUGCGCCUUACUGGGAUAAUCAACUGAGUAUGAAGCUCUUUUUGUAUUGUCGUCUUACUAUCCUCAUCGCCUCUGUGGCGAGUAGAAUUGCGCCUGGACCGGACCUCCAUCAAGAUCUCACCGUUGUCGAUUCAAGCUCAACAUUCUUGACUGUCACCGUCGAUCCCGAAGAUCACGAUCCAAUAUGGCAGAAGGCAUAUUGUCGUGGCGCCGCGCUUGUCAAAGCCAUGUCCCUUGACGAACAAGAGUCAACAGAGAUGCUGAAAUGGCCCUACACGCAGAGCCCAUGGGACGGCGACUUAAAGCCUGAACUAAGAAAAUGGGGAUAUUCCGACGACUCAUCUAAUCACGUGCUGGUGGACGACUCAUGCGACUUCAAGACCUAUUAUAUAGACAACGCUUUCGAUGAUCUCGGUAUUGACCCACGUUCGGCAGGUCAGGGCGGACCGAACCACUGCUUUAUGAUAGAGCAUGGCUAUGGACCGACGGUUCUCCCGGACGAGCAUGGGGAACUGCCUCAGCUAUCCGAGCAGCGAUAUGAGGCGGACGGAAAGAUUUACAGGUCCACGGGCGCCACUUGCAAAUUUGGCAUAAACCGGAAAGACGGUAUCGUUUACUUCCUCGACCGCCAUUCGCCUGAGAAAUCGGCCCAAACGCUCUGGGGACAGGAGAAAAUUAACAAAGACGACUUGCCGAAACUUCGCUCUAGCUCAGACCUAGCUUGGGGCGGGUGGAACAGGGUCGAAGGCGAAUCAGGUAUCAAAAUGAUCAUGUCUCUAACGAUCGUCAACGACGAGACUAAUAAAGUCAUUAUACCAAGGGCUUUGAAAGCGAUGGGAGUAGACGAGGCAAAGAAAUGGCCUGGAACAGAUCUCAUUGUGGGAGCGGAUGAAGGGGCUGAAGCUGAAGCUGCUCUUGCACUUAUUGGUUCACCAAAUGGCUUAGGAGCCGGCUACUUUCUUCUUCAGCGCAAGAGGCAACUUGGUGGCGCCAAUUUUAUCUGGAAAAUCACGAUAUUUAGGGGCGAUGAUCUUGAGCCUUAUGGUUAUCCUAGUCUACUCUUCUACAUUGACAAGCAUACGCCACCGAUGCCUGACCCGGACGACACUCCUGGCGCUCCGACAGAAGAGGCAAAAGCGGUGAGGAGGGCUCGCUCAUCCGGUGAACGCUAUAUCUGUUUUCUUCCUUGCUAUGAAACGGAAACACCCACCUAUAGGCAUUCAGACAUUCAAACUCUAAACAUGAAGCUCACGUACAUUAUCUUGGUCGUGGGUCUCAUCGCUCUCGGUUCGACUGAGAUUCUGCUCAAUUUUACCAAUGUUGGCGUCGACUCUCCCAGAUACAAGAACCUCAUCUUAGGCGCAAGAGGGUCUGACCCAGGCGGCGACCCCGACAGCGACGACGACGGUGACGACGACGAUAAUGACGACAACCUCAACCCUGCUGACGAUGAGCUUUGGUACCAGUGCAAAUGUCGAGGAGCAAAACUGCUUCUUGCAAUGACCCAAAACCCACCCGAAGCCGCUCGGUUCCUGAGUCCCUUGGCAUCUCCUUGGGAUGGCGAGAUGAGGGACGAGCUUGCAGAAUGGGGUUAUAAAGAUAACUUUAAAGACCCAGAUCUCUUCGACUUUAGCGGGAUCGCCCCAUACCUCGCUACGCUGGGAAUUCCAAUAACUAACUCGCUCCAUGGUGGGCCAAACCAUUGUGUCUCAUACAGUCAUUGUAAUAGCGACAUCGUGAGGGAUGAGAAUGGAGAUCUCCCACCUCUCAACGAGCAGUACUACAUUAAAGAUGGUCGAAAGUAUAGGGCCACGGCCGCUCAUGGCACCAUGGUGAUCAACCCAAGCUAUGGCUACAUAUUAUUCCUCAACCGGGGCUCCCCUCAAGCUGAGGCCCGCGAAACAUGGGGCAUACGUGAUGAUGAUCCGGUUCCGCUUGAUGAGUUGCCCGCUCUACGUGCGAGUUCAGAUAUAGCAUGGGCCUAUUGGAAUCGAAUUCAAGAUGGCGACAAACUGAACAAAAUCAAAUUCUUUGCAUCCAUGUCCAUAAUCAACAGCGAAACCGAGCAGGUCAUCGAUAGGAUACUGAAAAACAAAGGGCUAGAUGAAGUGCCGCCGAAUCCUCCUGGGUUUCUUAUCACGCCAGAAUCCGAGGAAUAUUUGGCCUUGAUGGGUAGUCCAAACGCUAUAGGAGUGGGAUAUUUUCUUGCCCAACACAAGGCACAGUUAGGAAACAACUAUUAUGUUCAGGGUAUUCGCAUUUAUCGCAAGACCGGAUCAUCGCUUUCGAACAUGAUCUUCGCUGUUGGCCUAGCGCCUAACCCACCGCCAACUGCACCGCCCGAUCCGAUGGAUGUUUUAGUACCGCCCCCGGGUUCUGGUAUGGCAACCCUCACGAACACGGAUGGAGGUAGAGUGAUCAAAAGAAGCGGCGAUGGGAAGAACAUCCAGAUCCGCAACAUGCGAACCGUACUACUUCUACGUCUCGCCACACUCCUCAGUCUGGUCGUGGGCGAGGUUCCGCCGUCCCUUCUGAACGAGACUCCACUUAACACAUGGAGUCUCGCUGUUGAAGAUAGUGGUAGCAUAGUCAAGAGAGCGCCUCCUGGCCCAGCUGAUGACUUUCUAUGGCAGACUUGCGGCUGCCGCGGCCAGAAGCUCCAGCUGAUGAAUACGCUCGAUCCAGUAAACGCUGCUAGGUUUGGUACUCCAUUGAACAGUCCAUGGACUGGCACCCUCGAAAACGAACUUACGACCUGGGGUUAUAAAGACAACAGUAUGAAUGAGGACAUUCAGGACCAGUGCGACUUCACCAUGAAACCUAUGUUCGAAGCUGUCCUCCAGACCCUGGGAAUCGGCGCAGGAAGUGCCCAGUAUGGCGGACCGAACAAGUGUUUCUCCUAUGUCCACCGAGGUGGCCCCGCCGUUCACCGAUUGCCAAACGGCCAGAUGCCACCCAGAGACCAACAACGUUAUACUGUUGACGGAGUAAGCUACAGGGUCACAAAUUCUUAUUACACUAUAGGCAUCAACGCGAGGGAUGGCGUCAUACAUAUGAUCAACCGCAAGUCCCCAGAAUCAGCGGCCAAAAACCAGUGGGGAGUUGAUAAUGUUCCAAAGAACGAGCUACCAGCGCUGAGGUCGAGUUCAGAUAUUGCCUGGGGCAUGUGGGAGAGAAUGAGCCCUGGCAAGUUGGGCAAUAUCAACUACGUCUUCUCCCACCAGAUUGUCAACAAAGAAACUCGGCAAAUCAUUUUGAGGGCCUUGAACGGUCAACCACUCAGAACCUGGCCAGGAACUGAGUUCGUAGCUGGAGAAGCCUCUGAAUACUGGGCUUUGUUAGGGUCUCCGAACGGAAUAGCAAUAGGAUACCUUCUUGGGCAGCACAAGCCUCAGUUUGGUCACAACAGAUAUGUUUCCAGUAUACACGUCUUUCAGGGCUCACCAGCGAACCCAGUCUGGAUGACGGGCAUUUUGCCGUGGUUGUGUUUCGUUGUUAAACCGGCACCAUGGCCAGCACCGCAACCCCCCGAUGAGAUAAUGGGCGGAGGAACUGGUUUGGCGCUCGGUAAGCGUGAUCUUGUGGACGAAGGGCGAGUGCUAGAGCGAUCCGAAGAUGGAAAGAAUAUUGUGAGGAGUCAUAAGGUCUGGGUAAAGUUGUAA